CAGCGCGGGCUUCUCCCCGAAGGACCGGAAGCACAUGCAGGCGAGCUGUUGGUGAUGUUGUUGUCAUCUGUGACAUGUUGCUAGAAAACGGUGGUGAUUUGUGUGUUUUUUGAAGUAAUACGACCGUGUAAGAAAACAGAGAAUGGCAGCAACAGUGGCUACACCCGUCACCCCGGCAGAGCACGACCCUGACCGGUGUGGGAGUGAGGAGGAGAGCCGCGGGGCCGAGGGGGGGGGGGGGGGCAGCCAGCAGCAGCCAGGCCCCGCGGCCGCCGCGAGCCACAGCCGCCUGUCCAAACUGCCGCUGGCCCGCAUUAAGGCGCUCAUGAAGACCGACCCAGACGUGUCACUCGCCAGCCAGGAGUCUGUGUUCAUCAUCGCUAAAGCCACGGAGUUGUUUGUUGAGAUGAUUGCCAAAGAUUCCCUGGUGUACGCCCAGCAGGGGAAGCGGAAAACUUUGCAAAGAAAAGACCUGGACAACGCAAUAGAGGCCAUAGAUGAAUUUGCAUUUCUUGAAGGCACACUCGAUUAAACGCUGCUUCAGAAGACGAGAACAUUGAAUAUCCGCAACCAUCCAAGAAAUAUUGUAUUACAGGGACACAAUGUCUUUGUUUUGAACAUCCUUCUACUAUACUUUUUUAAGUCAAACUCUCAAAUUGGAUAUUUAUAAAUGCUUUUCUACAAUGUGCCAUUAAGAUUUUUCAUACUUAACUUUGAGGACUUCAGUGGGAAUGUGUACAUUUUUUGUAAAUAUUUGUGAAAUACUACUGUACAAUUGAAUAAAUGUAAGUUUUAAACAA